GUUGCGCCUGCGCACUGAGAGGGGAAGCUGUACGGACCUUAGACAUUGCUACAUUGUAAGAACUAUACAGUACGUACCGUACUGCAACAUUGAACAUAUCAGCCAGCAUAGUGUGUCAUUAUCGUACAAAAAAUAAGCAAGUACAGAAAAUAAACACCUGGCCAGAGCAUAUCACAGCCCUGAUCAGGUGGACGUUUUAGAACAAGAGCGAGCGAGCGAUCUGAAUGCGUGAUUGAUCAAAAAAACAAAAAAAACCCGAAAGAAGUCUACUAGUACUACUGGAUACGGCUGUGCAGCAAUGAGCUUUUUCAGUUUUGGACAAAGUGCAGAAAUCGAUUUAGUGCUGAAUGAUGCAGAGACGAGGAAAAAAGUUGAACACAAAGCAGAGGACGGGAAGAAGGACAAGUAUUUUCUCUUCUACGACGGGGAGACCGUCUCCGGAAAAGUCAACGUUACCCUCAAGAACGCAGGAAAGAGGCUCGAGCACCAAGGCAUCAAAAUAGAAUUUAUUGGGCAGAUCGAGCUGUACUACGACAGAGGGAACCACCAUGAGUUUGUGUCCCUGGUGAAAGACCUGGCCCGGCCAGGAGAGCUCACUCAGUCUCAGACCUUUGACUUCGAGUUCACACACGUGGAGAAACCAUACGAGUCCUACACGGGCCAGAAUGUGAAGCUAAGGUACUUCCUGAGAGCGACGAUCAGCCGGAGGCUGAACGACGUCGUCAAGGAGAUGGACAUCGUCGUGCACACGCUCAGUACGUACCCUGAGCUCAACUCCUCCAUCAAGAUGGAGGUGGGGAUUGAGGACUGCCUGCACAUCGAGUUUGAGUACAACAAGUCAAAGUACCACCUAAAGGAUGUGAUCGUGGGGAAGAUUUAUUUCCUGCUGGUGCGAAUCAAGGUCAAGCACAUGGAAAUCGACAUCAUCAAACGGGAAACCACGGGCACGGGCCCCAACGUGUACCACGAGAAUGAGACGAUAGCCAAGUAUGAGAUCAUGGACGGAGCGCCAGUGAGAGGGGAGUCCAUUCCCAUCAGGCUGUUCCUGGCUGGCUACGAGUUGACGCCCACCAUGCGGGACAUCAAUAAGAAGUUCUCAGUGCGGUACUACCUCAACCUGGUGCUGAUAGACGAGGAGGAGAGACGCUACUUCAAACAGCAGGAAAUCACGCUGUGGCGCAAAGGUGACAUCGUGAGGAAGAGCAUGUCCCACCAGGCAGCCAUCGCGUCCCAGCGAUUCGAGGGCUCCUCAAGCAUCGAGAGCAAGAUGCAGGCGCAGGCACAGGCACAGGCCAAGGAGGAUGGGAACUAAACCAGCAGCCACAUCCCGACCUCUCCUAACAGACUGUGGGAAAAUAUAUACCGUACCGCCCCUUCAGCCCUCCUCCCCCCGCCCCCCUGCCCAAACUCACCAUCACCACUGGCUAGGGAACUUAGAAAAAGGGAUCUGAGAAUGAGAGGGUCAGCCUUAAAAGAGAUGGUAUGUACUUUGGAACCCCACUAGACCAACAUGGAGCUGUUCUUCCCCUGCCCAGUCUGCUCUCUCACUGCUCAGGGCGUUCGUUCAGGUCUCAGUGUAGGGAAUGGUUUAUAAUGCUUUCUCAAUACAGGCUGAGUGGGCACACUGGAUUUUAGAGUGAGGUGGGAGGUGGCAGUGUGCUCUCUCUCUUUCCAGUGGCACCCAUACACCACCUAGCACAGUUUUCCUUUAACUUCAAGGCAGAUACUGGAUUUCAGUUUCAUGCUCUAUAGAACAGUGGCAAUGCAGUUUAGCUGUGUGUCCACAAUAGAAACCUGCCUGUAACAGCACACUACUUGUGGGUGGGUUGUCCAGUACAGUAUGUCAUUUUGUGAAUCCUAGAAGUACGAUUUUUUUCAAUUUAUGCCACUUUCGGAUUGGUCUCAAAUUAUACACCCAGCGUUGAAAAACUACUACCUGUAUUUUCAAGACUAAAAUAAUGACUUCAUUGCUCUUCCAGCCCUAAAUGCACGGUGUCCAAAUGCAUAAAAGCAGCACUGUAUAGAGGAAUGCAUUUUAGAAAGCAGUUUAAGGGCUUAUGAUCGCACUUGGGAAUCCAAAGUACAUCCCAUCAGCUUCUAGGUUUGAUGUUCACAAUUUACUUUACAAGCAACACAAAUAAAUACAAAACCAUUUUUUACAUUUUAAAGUUGUCUACAAAGCAGCUGACGGGACGUUACCUUACUGUGUUUUAGGACCGGAGCGAUCCCUUUAUUAAUAACCAAACUGCUCCCACAAUACCGAUUAAUAAAAAUAAGAAUCAUAGGUGGAAACACAUACACGCAAAACACCCGUAUAAUUCCAUUUCAUGACCAAAAGAUUACAACAUAGUAUUAAACAAAUAAAUAAUUCUAACAUGUUUUAAAGCAACCGUAAAGCAUUGCAGAACAGUGUUCCUCUGUAAUACUCACAGCAUAACUUGCCAUUACUGCCCUCUGCAGUCCGUUUACUGGUACUGUAUUGUGUUAAGAUAACAUUCUAUUGUUCUGAUAUCGAUUUAGGACAGAGUGGGCGAAGUUGGCCCUUCCUUUCCAGUUCUUCACUCCAACCAUUUUCCAAAGUGUUUAUUAAACCAGUUAAACCCCCAUUUCAAGUAUUUACCUAUUUUACGUAUUAAACCUAGAGUGGAAUGGCCCUCCAGCACGGGGAUUAGGGACCUCAGAUUUAAGAGAAGCAGGCUAGUUGGCUCUUUACUAGACCCGACAUUAAGCUUCCAUACGUUUCUAUCUUUACUUGUAAACCUCAGCAAUCUAAGGCUCCAUCAUUCCUUUAAGUGGACAGUGUAUUUAUUGUUUUAUAUAUACUUGUGCCUAUUAGUGUAUGAAUCUGCCAAAAAAAAAACAUUUUGAGUUUACGCCUAAAUUAGGUUUAUAUUACAACCAAUAUGUUUCUUGUAAAACCCAUGUUGCCAGCCUGUGCUGUUUCAGAUAUUCUGCCUAGUCUAUUUAUGCGGGACACCCAUAAGUUGCAAUAGUUUUCAGCUCGGUUCCAGAGAGCGCAAGCACAAGCAUAUAUUUAAGAGCGGAUUGUCCUACACCUCCCGGUUAUAGUGGUUGCCCGGAUAGUAAUACCAGCCCAUCUCCUGACUCCAGAUCCAGAGCCUGUACUUUCUAUCAGCCCUGCUCAAUCCCCACUCUUGACAGGCUCUGUGCAUUCUUAUAUUCAGUUAGAGUUCAUGAAAACAAAGACAAACACAUGCAUCUCGGAGCACUAGCAGGCUGGUUAAUGGACUACCUUGUCAUUACAGUGCAUUCAUGCUUCAUGAAUACAGUCCAGUUGUGUGAUUGUCUGUGUAAAGCAGGUAAGUAUAUAGUGUGCUCUGACAAGAAUUUAAACACGUUUUAAGACCCAGUGCGCACGUGUGUUUGUGUCUAUACAGGGGAUGGAAAAAGAAAAACGAGAAACACCUGGGAUAUGUAACAGAUACUUUGGUGUAAAUAAGCAGACAGAGAUUCUUUUGGGAUGCAAAUUGCCGUCCGAUUCUGUAAUGCAUAAAAACGACAUCAGUCAGGAGGGGAAGAUCAGUCUGAGUGGGACAGGGCUGGGUAACACUUUACAUUGUGUCUCCAAUUACUGUGUAUUUACAUAGUAGUUACUGAGCAAAUCCAUGUGUACUUAACCAAUUCCAAUUUUGUUAUGCAUAGUUACAAUGUACUUGAUGUGCAAUUCCUUUUACAGGAUAUGCAAGUUGUAUCAGAAAAAGGUACAUUGUAACUAUGUGUAAGUACAUGUGUAUUUACUAAGUAACUGCUACGUUAAUACACAGUAAUUAGAGACGCUUCAUGUAAAGUGUUACCCAGGGCAGCCAGUUGGUAGAUGCUUCUGUAUCCCAGACUGCACAGAUUCCAGAUGAUUAUGGAAGUAAUCCUGACCUGGUAAGCAUUGAAGAAUAGCCACACAUCACAGCCCUCCAGAACCAUUUAAAGACCAUGCAGACUUGUGUGCCAUCCUGGCUGUUAUACCCUAUUGACAAUGCUAUGGCAGGUGUUUCUAUUUAUUUAUUUUUUAGGUCCAACCCCUGUGUGUACAUUUAUAUAUGUUUGUUUACUCUUGGUAUUUUUCUUUAUUGAGCAAAUGCUCUCUUGACGCAUUGCGUACCAUAGCGCUGACAUUUUAGACUGCAUUAACACAUGGCAUUCUAGACAACAUUCCUUUUUAUGAUUAUAAUCAUGUUAUAUACCGGAAUAUCUGUAGAGCUGCAGAUACAUAGAAUAAAAUUAGUUCUCAGCAAUGAAAAUAUAUUCCAUUUAAUAGUGAGCUGUAAGGUACUAGCCACUUACUUAGUGAAAGGGAAUUUGUACAUUUUCAGCACAAAAAUAAAGAGUAUAUGGUAAUUAUAUUAAAAAAACAAAUCUAGAUGUUAAUACAGGAUAUAAGUAUGUUGUUUACUUGUUUCUUAAAUAGUUGGUUUUUUUUGCGAUUCUGUAUUUUAAAAUGGUUUUUAAUCCUAUUUCUCUGAUUAAAAGAGAGCUGUCUAAAGUGGUU